AUGUAAACAAUAAUGACCUUGAUAGAAUAGAAAAAUUAACAAGUUUUAGAAUUACUUAGGAACUUUGUUCUAGAUUACUCAAAUAUUGAAUUAUUUUAAAGUUUAAUAUUAGAAGAUUGUAAUCCUGAAACCACGUUUGUUCUUUAUUCAAUUAUCUAAAAAUGUCUGAUAAAUGGAGAUCAUUUUACGAAUUUUCCUCAUUAAAAAGUAAGCACUGAAUUCUUUUAUAAUGAAUAUGACCAUCGAUUAAAUAUUACAGAAAUUUGUACUAAACAUAUUGAGAUUGCUCUAAUUUAUUUAUAAUCAUCACAUAAUCAUCCAAAUUAUGUUUACAAUUAAGUAAUUUUUACUAUUGCACUUUUAAUAAGGAAAUUUUGGGUUGAUAUUUUAAAAAUUGAAGAUAUCAUAAGUUAAAUUAUAAAUAGCACUUUAUAAACAAAUAAAAUAGUCUUUUGUAAAAUAUUUGAAAACAUUAUCAGUUGUAUUAGAUAAUAUUCAUAUGCUAGUGGAUAUAUUGAAUAUAGAAAAACAUUAAAUAAUUUUUAAACGUAAUUCUAUUAUCUUAAUAUAGAUUAUCUUUAUAGAGAAUAUUAUAAGCUAUUCAUUUAUAAAUUUAGUAAUUAUAAGGAGAAUCUUUAAUUAAAUUAUAUGGAUAAAAUAAAAUAAUGGGUGAAUCUUUUAUUAAUUUAUUAUAUUAAUUGAUGAACUUGAAUUUUAAUUUAAGUUAUUAUGAAAUUGAUGUAGAUAAUGAAGGAAAGGAUACUUCAUAAUUAACUAAUGUAUAUAAAUAAUUUAAUUUAUUAGUUUCCAGAUUAUUAUUUAGAUUUAAUAAUAGAUCCUAUAUUUUUGAAAGAACUUUUUCAAGAUGCAAUUGGAUUUUUAAAUAUUGAUUAAAAUCUAUCUUUAUAUUUUAUAAGUAUGCUUUAAAGGAUUGCUUGUGUAAGAUUAUCAAUAUUUCACAAUAAAAAAUGUAAAGGAGGAUUUAGAAGAGUAAUGUGGGAAGGAUUAAUCUAUUUAUAUUAAAAUCAAGAUUAAUUUAUAAAUUAUGUAGAAUUCUCAUCUGAAAUUCAUUCUUUAGCAAUUAGAAUUAUUAAUAAUUUAACAUUAAGAAAAUUAACAAAAUUUUAAUUAUAAUUUGAUAAUUGUUUUUAGUUAAUUUAAUAAGUAUACUAAAAAACAGUAUAAUUAUUUGGAGUAAAAAUCAUGCCAAAUAGUCCUAUAAUAAAAUUAUAAGAACUUUGGAAUUAAAUUAGAUAUUAAGGUUCAUUAAAUUUACCUUUACAUGAUGGAUUAAAUGUAAAAAUAAAUUAAAUUAUGCAAAAUCAAUUAAUUAUAGUUUUAAAGACAUUUUUUUAAUAAAAUUAAUUCACAGAAAUUCCAUAAGAAUGUAGUGUUAAGAAAUUUAAGAAAUUAUUAGAUAUAACAUUUAUGCCUUUUCAUUGUCUUUUUAAAUCACAUAUCUAAGAUAAUAUUGGUCUCAUUUUAUAGAUGAUUGAAUAAUUAAGAGGAGAUAAUGAAUGUAUAAAUAAUAAUCAAUUAUUAUUAUUAGAUUAAAGUGCAGCUGUUAUAAGUCUAACUAUUGUAUUUUUAUUGCAUACAUCAAACACAGAGAUUUUAAAUUUAGGAUUUGAUAGUUAUAAUUUUGGAUAGAAAGAAGAGCCUAAACCUAACCUUGAUGGAUAAGCUUAUAUCUUAAAAUUUAUAGUAGAACUAAUAAAGAAUUCAUAAGUUUAAAAGAAUACAAGAAUAUUAAAAAUGGCAAUUCUAUCAUUUAUUGAAAGUUUUAUUACUGUAACAAUUGAUUCAUUUUGUUAUGAAUAAGAAACAAAAUAAUUCAAGAAUCUAUCUCAAUUAUAUUCACAGUUGAUACGUGCAGAUUAAAGAUAUCAAAAUUAUUUAUUAGUUUUGGAGACUAUGCUUGAUGAAUGGUAUUAAUUAUUUAAAUAUUUUAGUUUUUAAGUAUUUACAUAUGGUGAUCCUUUUUUAAUAGAAUUUAGUCUUAAAUUAAUAGAAUAUAUUUAUUAGAAAGUCAAAAAAUAUAUUCCUAGAAAAGUAUUUAAAACUUGUAGCAUAACAGAUAUGCUUAAGUAGUUUUUCUUAUAAUUAAACAUAACUUGUUUGAAUACACCUCAAUAUAUAAAAAAAAGAGCUUUGGUUUUUAAGAUAAUUACUAUAGUUUGGGUAGAUGAUUGCUCUGAUGAUUAUGUCAAUGCUCUUGUUGAUAUAUAUAAUCAAAUAAAAUAAAGCAUUAUAAAUGAAAUUAAUAAAGUCAAUAUUCUAAAAUAUGUUUGGGAUCUUAUUGGAAUUGCUUCAGAAAUAGAUGUAGACAAUAUUUAUAGAACAUUCUUAAGAAUAAUGUAAAUAAUAUUAUGAAUUAAUUAGAUAUCCUGAUAUUGCUAAAUUAUUGUCUGAAGAAAACAUUGAGUUAUUUGCUAAAGACUAUGAUUCUUCGAUUGCCAUUAUCACAUUAUUCAAAGCUAUCUUCUACAACAAGUACUAGUUUUCAUCAAUUACAUUAGAAACACUAGAUUGUCAACAGAAAAUAUUUAAUUAAUAUUGUAUCAAAUUUAUGGUAAAGCCAUGAAAUUCUUUAUUAUUCUAAUUUAAUAGUAAAUCUAAACUGCAAAAACACAAUAAAAAAUAUCAGAUUUGUAAUUAAAGUAAGUAUCUAAACUAAUGGCACUUAUGAGUCAAAUAUCAGGAUAAAAGAAAAUUAAUUAAGGAUUUUUCAUUAUUUAUAAUGAUUAAUGUUUUCUUGAACUAUUUAACUUAUAGAUUUAACUUCUCUUAAUUUAUAGACCAUUACUUUAACAUAUUCCAAAAUACAAAAAAUUGUUAUAUGAAUUUUUUGAUUGUAUAUGUUAAGAUCAUUCAGAAACUUUAGCUUAUAAGUGUGAUUUAAAUUCUUAUCUUGAUAUUUUCCAUAUUUGUAAAGAAUCAUUAAAAGAUAUUAUUUAUGAUAAUCAUGGAGAGGAUACUAUUAAUGAGAAUUGUUCAACUCUUAUAUUAAUUGGAACUUUAUUAAGCAAUAUAUCAACAUUUUUAAUUUAAGAAGCUUCAGUUGGAGAUAUAAAUGAUUUGCAAAUGAUUAAAAAUAAAAUAAAUGCCAUUAAUAUAUCUGGAAAAUAGAUAUUAUAUGAAAUGUUCAAUUUAUGUUGCUAAAUCACUUUAAUAUACCCAAAAAAUUCAAAAGUGAUAUUUGCUAUACCAGAAAUUUUAUAUGCCAUCUCUAUUUUUAAUCCAUCUGAUGUAAUUAUAAUAUUUAAUAAUUUUAGUUUGAGACUCUCCUUAUAUCAAUAAUGACCAAUUAAAUAGGAAUCAUCUCAAAUUUAUUAAUUGAUCAAAUUAGUUUAGCUUUUAAGAAUCUAUAAGGAGAGUUAUAAAUUUCAAAUAAAGAAGAUUUUUUAAGAAAAAUUAAAGUAGUUUUAGAAAUGUAUAAAUGA